AAUCGUUUCUGUUUCUCCAUUCUAGACCUUCUUCCAUUCUUUAGUUUCCUAUUUACUUAAACGUCCCUAACUGAAUAUUUUCUCACUCUGUUUAAGAAUCCACGAUGACAGCAAGCUCACUGACAGCAGGUAAUGUUUCACUACAGAAUACUGAUGUACUGAAUCAGCAAUCAUAUGAAUAUUAAAGGAAUGAAUUGAUUUUGAGUUGAUCUAUUAUUAAAUGUCAGCUUUGUUUAGUUUAAUUUAUUUCAUUUGAUUUGACUUUUUUUUUUUUUUUUAGAUUACAUUAGCCAUCGUAUAGGGGUACUCAUAUUUGUGAUAGUGUUUAAAACCGUGGUGUGUUUCAGGUGGAGCUCCAUGUGGUGGAAAUCUGACUCAGUCACGAGGGGAAUUUUUCAGCCCCAAUUAUCCCAAUAAUUAUCCCAAUAAUGCACACUGCACAUGGAGCCUGCUGGCUGGAGAACUGCAGGUGGUUUCGUUAAACUUCACGUUCGUCGAGUAAGAAAUCACCUUCCUGUUUCUCACCUGCUGAUAAAUCAUACCUGACUUUUUUAAAAAAAAAUUUUUUAGAUCUUUAUUAUUUAAGAAUAUUUGUUUGUGGUUAGUCUGUAAGGCUAGUUUCAUUACACUUUCUUCAGUUUGGAGUCAUGCUGUGACUUUAUCCGCGUGUACAACGGUCCGACUGCUCAGCAUUCACUUUUGGGUUCUGUGAUUGGAAAUCAGAGAGCUACCUUCAACUCCAGCAGCAGAUACAUGACCGUCGUUUUCUCCAGUGACGUCAGCGUGACUCCACAAGGUUUUCGAGCAGAAUGGGCUUUCAUAGAUUACAUUAGCUGCAGGGAUCACUGUGGUUAUAAUGGUACGCUCUGUUCCUGCACCAGCUCUUGUCAGUCCUAUGGAAACUGCUGCAAUGACUAUUACGAUUAUUGUUUCCCCACCACCACAACCACCACCACCACCACCACAAGAACAACACGAGGUAAAAAUGUAGUUCUCUUUAACCGGUGUAUUCUCAGUAAAACUGCUCUGUCUCCUCCAUUAUUUCUCUUUAUUUGGAUCUAGAAAUCGUUUCUGUUUCUCCAUUCUAGACCUUCUUCCAUUCUUUAGUUUCCUAUUUACUUAAACGUCCCUAACUGAAUAUUUUCUCACUCUGUUUAAGAAUCCACGAUGACAGCAAGCUCACUGACAGCAGGUAAUGUUUCACUACAGAAUACUGAUGUACUGAAUCAGCAAUCAUAUGAAUAUUAAAGGAAUGAAUUGAUUUUGAGUUGAUCUAUUAUUAAAUGUCAGCUUUGUUUAGUUUAAUUUAUUUCAUUUGAUUUGACUUUUUUUUUUUUUUUUUAGAUUACAUUAGCCAUCGUAUAGGGGUACUCAUAUUUGUGAUAGUGUUUAAAACCGUGGUGUGUUUCAGGUGGAGCUCCAUGUGGUGGAAAUCUGACUCAGUCACGAGGGGAAUUUUUCAGCCCCAAUUAUCCCAAUAAUUAUCCCAAUAAUGCACACUGCACAUGGAGCCUGCUGGCUGGAGAACUGCAGGUGGUUUCGUUAAACUUCACGUUCGUCGAUUUGGAGUCAUGCUGUGACUUUAUCCGCGUGUACAACGGUCCGACUGCUCAGCAUUCACUUUUGGGUUCUGUGAUUGGAAAUCAGAGAGCUACCUUCAACUCCAGCAGCAGAUACAUGACCGUCGUUUUCUCCAGUGACGUCAGCGUGACUCCACAAGGUUUUCGAGCAGAAUGGGCUUUCAUAGAUUACAUUAGCUGCAGGGAUCACUGUGGUUAUAAUGGUACGCUCUGUUCCUGCACCAGCUCUUGUCAGUCCUAUGGAAACUGCUGCAAUGAUUAUUACGAUUAUUGUUUCCCCACCACCACAACCACCACCACCACCACCACAAGAACAACACGAGGUAAAAAUGUAGUUCUCUUUAACCGGUGUAUUCUCAGUAAAACUGCUCUGUCUCCUCCAUUAUUUCUCUUUAUUUGGAUCUAGAAAUCGUUUCUGUUUCUCCAUUCUAGACCUUCUUCCAUUCUUUAGUUUCCUAUUUACUUAAACGUCCCUAACUGAAUAUUUUCUCACUCUGUUUAAGAAUCCACGAUGACAGCAAGCUCACUGACAGCAGGUAAUGUUUCACUACAGAAUACUGAUGUACUGAAUCAGCAAUCAUAUGAAUAUUAAAGGAAUGAAUUGAUUUUGAGUUGAUCUAUUAUUAAAUGUCAGCUUUGUUUAGUUUAAUUUAUUUCAUUUGAUUUGACUUUUUUUUUUUUUUUUUUAGAUUACAUUAGCCAUCGUAUAGGGGUACUCAUAUUUGUGAUAGUGUUUAAAACCGUGGUGUGUUUCAGGUGGAGCUCCAUGUGGUGGAAAUCUGACUCAGUCACGAGGGGAAUUUUUCAGCCCCAAUUAUCCCAAUAAUUAUCCCAAUAAUGCACACUGCACAUGGAGCCUGCUGGCUGGAGAACUGCAGGUGGUUUCGUUAAACUUCACGUUCGUCGAUUUGGAGUCAUGCUGUGACUUUAUCCGCGUGUACAACGGUCCGACUGCUCAGCAUUCACUUUUGGGUUCUGUGAUUGGAAAUCAGAGAGCUACCUUCAACUCCAGCAGCAGAUACAUGACCGUCGUUUUCUCCAGUGACGUCAGCGUGACUCCACAAGGUUUUCGAGCAGAAUGGGCUUUCAUAGAUUACAUUAGCUGCAGGGAUCACUGUGGUUAUAAUGGUGCGCUCUGUUCCUGCACCAGCUCCUGUCAGACCUAUGGAAACUGCUGCAAUGACUAUUACGAUUAUUGUUUCCCCACCACCACCACCACCAACACCACCACAACCACAACAACACCAGAAUCCACGACGACAGAAAGCUCACUGACAGCAGCCCGUGUGGAUUGCUCCUCUGACUCGAUGAACAUUGCCAUCCGUAAAUCCUACCUGGACUCACUGGGCUUCAGCUGGUAUGACCUUUAUCUGGAUGACCAUCGCUGCAGAGCUUCAACUGACAACUACUAUGUCACCUUCAACUUCCCUCUCCAUAGCUGCAGCACCAGGAGAAAGACCGAGAAUGGACGUAUUAGCUACACCAGUAAUGUGCGAGCAGCUCAGUCAACGUCGGGUGAGAUCACCCGACAUGAUACAGAGUUCCUGUUGGUUGUGAGAUGUCUGAUGGAGCGUGAUUCUUCAGUUGGGACUCUUUAUGAAGCCAAAGAGAUUACAAAUGCAACUAUCAGUGGAACGGCAACUUUUACUACCCCAUCACCGAUUCCCCGUACCGAGUGA